AAUUUCAGUUUUUAAAAUUUUCUGUUUAUGUUUGCCUUUGAGUUUUGUUUUGUGGCCGUUUUGGUUGUUCCUUCUGCUGGCUUGUUUGCUUGCGAUGAUUUGUCGGUGUUGCAGCUUUGUUUUUUUUUGUUUUUAUGUUUUGUUGGUUGGUUCCAGGCUGCUGCUAUGCUGCGUACACGCCUACUUGUUCGGUAUGUGUGUGUACGUGUGUAUGCAGACGUAUUUAUGCUUUCACUAAACUUUUUUCUUUAAAUUUAGCUAUUUGCUAAUUUCUUCCAGCUUUUGCUAAAAAUGUCUACACUUUUUGUCAUUUUGCUUACCUAUCGUAUCGCCUCCUCACCACUUAACUUAUCUAUUUGUGUGCAUUUUCUUGCGCUCUUUGUCCACACAAAUCCUGCAAUAGAGUCAUGAUUUUAGUUUUCUCUCAUUUCUCCACAUUUCAACUGGCGAAAAUGGCAUGAUAUGUCAAUUGUUUUUAGUUCUCAAUUGCUAAAUCGUUUCGAGAUUGUUUCAAUACUGUAUUUUUUUUUUUAACUCAAGUGUUUUAUGAAAACAUUGUAUUUGUUAUUUGGCAACAAGGAAAGGACUGAAGUUUUGUUGUGAUUUACUAUAUUAAAUUUAUUGGUUUAUUGAUUGGCUGAAAUUUGAUGUGCAAAAUUUAUUGAAAAUUGUGUAAAACUUUUCUUAACUAAAACAAAUUGAAACAGUACCAAUACAUUUAAUUGUACUUUCUUUUUCUCUUUUUGAAAUGCUGCCACAAAAAAUGUGAAUAAAUCUCUCUCUCUCGCUCUCUCGCUCUCCCCUACUGCCAACAAAUUAUUUCCAAAUCUUGGCAACAUGCGGUUAAAUAAUUUCGUUUUCAAAAAAAAAAAAUUAAUUAAUUUUUUAUUUUUUUUUUUAUGUUUGUUCCGAAAAUAAUUCCUGUUUUCCAAAUUCGGCCUACACCUUUCGUUGUAAAAAUAUCCAUCACUUUUCCUAUGAUUUCCUUUGUAUUCGACUUCCAAUCCUUUGUGUUUUUGUUUUUCAUUGCCUUAAAAAUUCUGCAACCCAUUUCCUUCUGUUCGAAAGGGUGAAAAAUCGCCCGGGCACAGAGCAGUCGCAAUGGGCGUUUAUCCCAUACACAAUCUAAAGAGUCUAGUUUGCUCCGGCGAAGAUCUCUUUACACUCUGGUCAUGGCUGCCCGUCAGAAUAACAAUGUAUCAGCCGGUACUGCUCUAUACCACAGAGGAACAUGGCUGCUCGCUGACUACUUUCUAUGUGCGCGUGGAGCAACAUGAGCCUACGUUAAUGAUGAUCAAAACGUGCAAUAAUGAGGUCUUCGGCGCCUACUGCUCAUCGCGUUGGUUUGAACGCAAUGUCAAAGACGACAAGGGCCAACGACAGGCCUACUUUGGCACCGGCGAAACCUUCCUCUUCUCGCUCUACCCAGAACGUGCCAAAUACCCAUGGGUUGGCAUUGAAAAUGAAAAGGAUUUGGGGCAUGCGUCGGAGCUAUUCAUGGCAGCCGAUUCAAAGAUGAUUACCAUUGGUGGCGGUGAGGGCCAAGCCAUUUGGAUGGAUGAGAAUAUACGUUUUGGCAAAACAGACAGCUGCAAGACAUUCAACAAUCCGCCGCUAUGUCCCUCUGGUGAUUUCGAAAUACGUGUGCUUGAAGUAUAUGGAUUUGAUGGUAUUUAAGCGAAUGGACGCAUACACAAACAUCUAAAUAGAAAAAAAAUCAUACACACCUUCCGACAAAGAAUGUGCCACAUAUUUGUAAAUCAUUUGUUGCUCGCAAAGGCUCAAAUGAGGCGCUAAAGCGUUUAGUAACGUGCUUCUGUAUUUUGUUUGUUUUCCUCCUGCCGCGAAGACAAUGAGAGUUCAGUGUGAAACUCUUUGAAUGCUUAACAUGAAAAUAAAGUUAAAAGAAAAGCAAUGAAAAAGCUAAAUGCUUAUGCAGCACUCGCCAAAGAGCCGCUGGCACGAAUUUCAAGCCAACUAAACCAGAUUGGAAGCAUAUAAAAAUUAUUUCAUUCAAAAAUGCCCGCCGAAAAGUCUUCUAUUGAUGAUGAUGAUGAUGGGACAUGUCCAGGAGCACAGAUUGGCGUGAAAUGUUCAAGGCGCAGUAUUUUUCGUAUAAUUAUACUUCAUAUAUAUAUAACUAUAUACAUACAUACAUACAUAUAUGCAUUAUAAAGUAAUUCUCGUGGCUGAAAUGCCAACGCACUAUUUGAUGAGUGUUAUUAUGCCUAUUACUAUAUAGUUGUAAUAAUCAUUUAUAUACAUAUACAUACACAUAUUGUUGUAGAAUACAGCAGCAUAAAACGGAUAAAAUACUCUAUAUAGGCGUGGUAAAAAGAAGAAAAAAAAUGCAAAAACUAAAACUUUGUUUAGAUGUAUAGAAAAAUGAAAUGAAGUUGGAAUAAAAACGCAUGGCGUUGACAAACAAACCGUACAUACAUCCCGACAUAAAAAAUGAUUGCGUCAAAAUUGUGUAUGUUGGAAAAUUUUUUGAUAGCUUGCAGUGCAGUGGAGCUUGAGCAAACGUAGUAAAUAACAGUCAUAGAGAAAUGCGGCAAAUGAAAGUGUAAUAAUACAAACCCACACACAAACAUAUAUAUAUAAACAUGUGCUCAUGAAUAUGACGUUAAUCUUGAAGUUUAGUAAUACAUACAUACAAGUAAGUUUAGCAGCUAAGCACCGAGUCUCUAAACGUUGAGGGUUGUGCUUCAUAAAAUCAUAACACUUGUUGGUAUUUUGUUAUAUUGAAAUUCUUUUUUGUUUCAAAUUUUCCAAGCAUUUGCCAAACGAAAUUAGUGCAUAUUAGGUAGGAGAAAAUAAUUUCUGGGGUGAACUCCGUUAACUUUAAUGUUUUUGUUUUGUACAUCUUAUAAUUUACAGAAACCGGUAUUGAUUUGUAUAAAGUCACAGGUGACCAUGAACAGCUAUCACGAAUAGAUGCAUAUCAAAUGAAUUAUGUAGCUACAUAUAUCACUGAAUAAGACGUGAAUGUUUGAGAAGACGUUAAAGCCAAAAAGCAACAAGGUGAAAAGAAACGUAGAAUCGAAAAGUGAAUUUUGUUUUCCAAAUAUGAACUUUUGUAUGGUAUGAGUAGUUGUACGAUUAAAUUUGAUUUAUUUAUAAUUGCUUAC